AUGCGCAGGCGAGGUGGUUUGUCGCGUCGAUGUGUGGCGUCGCCACCUUACGGGCAGCACACUAGGGAGGUGGAACCCCAGGCACCCCCUUGUACAGUAACAGCGACUGGCGCAAAGGCGAAUAGCAAGAGGUUGGCGGUUAGUAUUGAAAACCCAAGGAUAGUGUCGGACAUCAGAAUAAGUGACAACGUCACCAUAUCGGUUGCACCGAAGACUAGGGGAGACGAGGAAGGUGAUCCCUUUAAGCCUAGUAGGAAAAUUCAGAGGAGUCCCACGAUUGGUGGUAGGCCCGAUAUUGAAGUAGCAGAAGAAUCGGUGGUGUACCGAAACUGGAUUGAAAUUAGCUCAAGACAAGACGGAGGUGAUUCUACUUACCGGAAAUCGUAUCACAAGGUCAAGGACGUCAAUAUGGGAAAGGUGUGUGUCAUGGUUGAUACCCUAAUAGGAGCGAUUAGGAUGUCGUGUAAAAUUAAGCUGAUUCCUCCUCUUCAUCUGAGUGGUAUGUGUUGGUUGGAAUAUAGAUGUUGGGUGUUGAGCCCAGGGUGA